CAAAGUAAAUAUACUUUUUGUCAAGUCAUGACAGCUAUGCACUAGUGAUAUAUCUAUAAUUAGAACAUGUGUUGAAAGAAAAUCAAAAUGUGUGGAUCUAUAUAAGGAACAAAGAGCAAUAGAGCUUGUAAGACUGGUGUGUUACGCAAUGUAGGCUACCUGUUAUAUUCACCACUGAAUAGACUAAUGGUACAAACUUGUGUUGCCUUUAUCUAGAAAUUCUAGACUUCAUGGAUCUAUGAAGGCGAAGGUCGCUAGGUGAUGCGAACGUUAAGUCUCUAACCAGUACUCUACGCUCCACUUCUUAAGUCGUCCGUCACUUAAAAGGCUUCAUCGUUUGAAAGGCAUUCCUUCAGUAACACGCCUGAUUACAUACAGGAGUUUUCAAAUCUUUAAAGAAAGCAACAAACAAUUUGGUUACACUAAAGAGAUGUAUGCAAAUUAGAGUACAUUGACAUUGCAGACUAUAUGAAUAAAACUAUAGUAACCCAAAAAAGACUUCAUCGUUUGAAAGGCAUUCCUUCAGUAACACGCCUGAUUACAUACAGGAGUUCUCAAAUCUUUAAAGAAAGCAACAAACAUUUUGUUACACUAAAAAAAAUGUAUGCAAAUUGGAGUACAUUGACAUUGCAAACUACAUAAAUAAAAUUGUAGUAACCCCCCCCCCAAAAAAAAAAAAAAACAGCAACAACCCAUCUCCUUGCCGAUUGUGGAUAUUAUUAUCGAGGGGAGAUAACUCACCAUGCUUUCGCAGAAGUCAAAUUACCGCCAUAGGUACGAAGCCCUUGGAGAUGAUGAAGAAGCCGGAAGUGCUAUCCAAAGACCACGAAACAAAGGGUUAAAGAUAGCACUUGCUGGGUCUCUGACCUUGCUGAUAUCUGCUGGAGUCACCCUCGCUGUUGUAUUUGGCACACGCCAGUAUGGUUCACCUGAGACUUCAGGCUAUGAAUUUGCCGCUGUGGCUGCUGACACCCAGCUCUGUUCCACAGUGGGAAAAAACAUCUUGCUUAAAGGAGGCAAUGCUGUGGAUGCAGCCAUCGCAACUUUGGUCUGCACGGGACUUGGCAGUCCGCAGUCAAUGGGUAUCGGUGGAGGAUUCUUCAUGACCAUUUAUAAUGGCACCACUGGACAGUCAACGAUCAUAGAUGCCAGGGAGACGGCACCAGGCAAUGCAAACGAAUCUAUGUUUUUUUAUAACAGAUCUAAUUCUGCUAUAGGAGGUCUGAGUAUAGCAGUGCCAGGAGAAAUUAAAGGCUAUUGGUACGCCCAUCAAAAAUAUGGACGUCUGCCUUGGGCAGCAUUAUUUGAGCCAUCGAUUAAAUAUGCUGCUGAUGGUUUUCCAGUUCCAAUUGGACUUCACAAAGCACUGAUUGAUGGAGAGAGUUUUAUUCGAAGUGAACCGUCACUCAAUGUUGCAUUCGUUAAUCAGCAAACUAACAAGCUGUAUACAGAAGGGGAGAUUAUUAAAAUGCCUCAGUUGGCGGCAACUCUCAAGGCAAUAGCGGAGGAGGGAGUGAAUGCCUUCUACAAUGGCUCUUUGACUAAUAGCAUCUUGGAGGAUCUUAAAGCUGUUGGUUCUAUUAUAACUCGUGAGGAUCUAUUGAAUUAUACAGUCGUAGAGAAAAAACCAGUAGAGGCAAUUCUCAGUGAUGGUAUCAAAGUGAUUUCUCCUCCUGCCCCCAGCGGAGGCCCUGUAUUGUCAUUUAUUCUCAAUAUUUUAGAUGGUUUCUACUUCAACUCUGGAGAUAUUUCUACUCCUGAGGCCAGGAUAGCUACUUAUCAUAAGAUUAUUGAGACCUUUAAAUUUGCCUACGCCAAAAGAACUGGUCUCGGGGAUGACACAGACAAGCCUGACAUUCAAGCUCUUGUCCGCAAUUUGACUUCUAGAGACUAUGCUGAUAGUAUACGUUCCCUGAUCAAUGCGUCAGGAACGUAUGACUACAUGUAUUAUGGGCCCACUUAUUACAACACUGUCAAGACCAGCACGUCUCAUGUGUCAUUGCUGGACCAAGAAGGCAGUGCUGUGUCUGUCACAAGUACCGUCAAUGCCAGGUUUGGAUCACGGCGUCGAGGUAUGAAGACAGGAAUCAUCUUCAAUGACGAGAUGGAUGAUUUCAGCACCCCCAACAUCACUAACGAGUGGGGUAUCUACCCUUCCCCAGCUAACUUCAUUGCCCCCGGCAGGCGACCUCUGUCCUCAAUGUGCCCAGCUAUUUUUGUUGACAGUCGCAGUGGCAAAGUUUCCAAAGUCCUUGGCGCCGCUGGUGGAUCAAUGAUUACUUCCGCGACUGCCUGGGUGGCAGCACACAUUCUCUGGCUGGGAGAAUCUCUUGAAGCGGCUGUCAGCUUGCCCCGGCUCCACCAUCAACUCCUACCUCCAGCUGCACAAUUUGAGAAAGGGUUUGAAGAUGUUGUAAUACAAGGUCUGAUCAAGCUGGGACACAAAGUAACAGAGUUCCCUAGAGGCAAAUCUAUUAUUCAGGGUGUUAAUGUUAGAGGCAAUCGCAUCUUUGCAAAAUCAGAUGACAGAAAAGGAGGCAUCCCUGACGGCUAUUGAUGUCAAUCCAAUGUUUUAUAGAAAUAAAAAUGACAGAAAUCACAUGUAUUUGUUUGUUGAUCUAAAUGGGAUUUGAAUUGAAAGUUUUUUUCUUCCUGUUUGAAAAAAAAUAUUUCUGUGAUACUCAAUUUUCAUUCAUCGUAUCGUGCACUUUAUUGUUGAUUUUCGUUAAACAAUAUAUCUCUAGUGAUUUCUACUGUAAAACUCUAUGUUGAUACCAUUAAUGUUUUAUGCAAACAGAAUUGGUUAGUGACGUUUUUUUUUUUUUUUUUUUCUGAUAUGUAAGCUACCAUUGAUGCUCCUGCCUUUCUGGAUAAGUUAUUCUUUUUCACAUUUGUUAAAGAAUUUGUAGCCAGAUGGGAUUUCUGUAAGAUAAAAAAGUCACAUUUUUUUAUGUUUAUUUAUUUAUUUUUUUUUAUUCUUUAAUUACUGGAUUUUACUAAAACCGGAUAAAUAAAAAAAAUGACAAAUUGAAUUAAUUAUUUUUUACAGCUUUUCAUUUGAAUUAACCAACUGAAAUUUCCAACAUAAACUUAGCAACAAAAUUUCAGAAAGAAAACUUUCUUAAUUACGCUAAAUUAAUUUUGUACAUUAUGUGGGUAGAAGUCAAAAUUGGUGGUCAUUUUAUUUUUAGCUGAUUUUGAUGUUAGGCCUAUAUAUACAUUUAUUUAGUUAUGUUUGCGGUAUGGCUGGUUAGCUAAGUUGUUAACGAGUGUCAUGCUAAUAAUGAGAAUACCCAUACUGGCCCUUUUUUUUUCUCUCUUAAUUUUUCAAUGCCAAAUAAAAUAGGAAAUUUUUGUUUGAAGACAAAGUAGAAAUUGAUGAAAACAAAAAAAUGACAUAUAACUUGUUGUAAUCAAAAAAAUACUUUCAUAAAUGAUUAGAAUGAUUGUUUAAAGCUAUAUGUGUUUGAAUAUGUGAACGUGCGUAGACUGUAAAAGGAAAGGUGGCUGCCUGAUUAUUUAGUAAGCUCUAUAGCAGUGGCCUUCAACCUUUUUAUGGACUACCGCCGCCUUUUCAUUUUUUUGUCUUUUAAAGAAAUCUGCUAUCGCCCCCCCCCCCCCCUUUUCUAAGAAAAAUGCAUGAGAAUGCAAAUUCAACUAAAAUGUCAUUUAUGUAUUAAUUUUCAUAUUGUCGAUAACAGAUCCAUAAUUUUAUAACUAUUAUACACAAAAAAAAUAUGUCAAAUAACUUGCAGUGAUUACUCACAAAAAUUAAUCUCAUCAAAUCCUUUGAAUAGUCCCUUUUAAAUUUAUUCAAUCAUAUUUGUUCAUGAGUACUCUUUAAAAGAAUGUUUUAUAUGUGACAGGCCUACUAUAUCUUCAUGUUAAAUUGUACUGUAACUAUAAUUUGUCUAUUAAUUUUGAAGAUAUUUUUCAUUUUGUUUCAGUGCAUCUCUAGGUGCCACUUUAAUGCCCAGAAGGGGCCCGCCCAUUCUGCCCAGCGCACCCCUACCACCCCUUUGGCUUCCAGCACCCCCCAAUUUCACGAAAUUGCCCCCGAUGGGCACCAGUGCCCCUGUUGAAGACCACUGCUCUAUAGAAUUGUAGUCACAAUGGUUAAUGCCUUCUGGCAGGUUUGUUCUAGGUUGUUAUAGCCUUGAUGGAACUUCUGAAAACAAGCACCACAUGGCCUAAAUUGUGCCAAUAUGCCAAAAACUCAAACUCAACUUCUGAAAACUUAUAUGGCAUAGGUGCUAGUACUUUCAAAUUUUGUGUCAUUCAAUUUGAGUGGUAUAAACUGCUUGGUUGCCUAACAGUAAGUCCUUAGUUCUAAUGCCAAUGAAGGACUGAACAUUUUUACUUGAGAAAUUCCUUGAGCUGAAUUGUAUUUCUUGAGUGUGUCCCUCGAUAAAUAAAUGGGAUUUGAUCCCACUCUGCCUCAGCAAGCUUUUGCAUCAAAGAGACAUGCUAAGCAAAAUCAAGCAUUUUGUUAAUUUGCAGUGCUGGAUUGACCUCUAUGCCACAUAAGCUGAAGCUAGAGCCCACACUUUGCUUGGGGGCCCCAAAAAAUUGUUUCAGUGAUAUGUUUUGAUCAUUUUAAAAAUAAGCAAAGGAAAAAUUGACAAUGAGCCCCAUUUGUCAAAUAGCUUAGGGCCUUAUCAAAUCUAAAUCUGGUGCUGUUAAUUUCAGUACAGGACCCAAAAAAAAAACGAACUACAGUUGACAACUUGUUGACUUAGCAGUUAUUUCUCCAGCACCAGAAUAUUUAUUUGUUUAUUCACUACACUUUUUGUUUUUAUAUUCACAUAUUUUGAACAUUAAAUUGUGACCAUCAUUUAAGUUGUUUUUUUUUUCUCUCAAUAUUUUAGCUUUUAAUUAAUUAUUUUAAAAAAGUCUUCAUAACAUUCCAUAGUCCACAUGUCUCCUGAUGUGACCGGAUUUCAGUGUAGACUGAUCUGUGUGCAUCAUACUCAACUUAUUUUGUGUGUAAACUCAUUUAUCUACUUUAUUUGCAUCAUAAUUAUUGAAUUCCAAUGUUGACCCCUCCAACUCAUUGCCAUGUUUUUACUGUCCCUUUUUUUAAUUAUUAUUAUUUUUAUUUUUUUUUAGGUUUAUGGUUGUUGAAUAUUAACAUUUAUUAAUUAUACCCAGAACUUGAAGUUUUGUUAACUCUCCUAUUUUUUGUGAGCAUUGUUGAUGUGGGUGCCUUCAUAAGAAAUUUCUUCAAAAAAUGUCAGAUAUUCUUGGACCUAGCCCAUCUGACUCAUGGACAUCCUUCAACUAUCCCUUAGUCAGUUGAAUUGUUGGGGCACCACACAAGAUCUGUCAGCCAUCUUUCUCCAUUACUCUCUGUUAUUUGCCUUGGAUAGAAUUUCAUCUAAUGACAGCCCUGCCCAUUCUUUAAUGUACCGGUAGUCUUCCCAUCAAUUUCUCUGUCUGCUUCUUAUCUUCUCCCUGAAACUGUUCUUUGAAGGUGUUUGGGAGUCCCUGAGGACCUUGACAUAUGACCAUAGAGUUUAAAUUUGCAGGUUUUUUUUUUUUGUUUUUUUUUUGACAGUGUUUAGCAGGAUAUUCUUUGAUUACUUCAUUGAUCCUUGGUUAGUACUUAUGAGUAGGGCAAUAUUAGCUUCUUUUUUGAAGAAUAGUCUAUAAUCUAUAAGAAAAGAAAGUAUUUUAGCACUUACCUACGGUGACAACUCAUGAAAUAAAACCUAACUAGGCCAUUCUGUGUAGUUUGGAAUACAUUUCAUCUAAUAAUAUCUACACAGAAAGGUAGCUCUGCUAUUUAUCAGAUCAUUUUCUUGUUAUAACAGCUUGUCUAUAAUUGAGUCUUCUCCCUUUACACACAGAACUUGUUGUUAUUAUGCAGCCUAGUUUUUAUACACAUAAUAGCAGGUCAAUAAAACAUUCUUCUUUA